AUGGCUGCUCUGCAAAAGCGCGGGCGCCACAGCGGGAUAGUGGUGCUCUUUAUUCUCCUAGGGACUCUGUGGGAGGCUGGGGCCAGGACAAUCCAUUAUUCCGUUCUUGAGGAGCUAGAUAAAGGUUCCUUCGUGGGGAACAUCGCCAACGAUCUGGGGCUGGAGCCCCGGGAGCUGGCGGAGCGUGGCGUCCGCAUCGUCUCCAGAGGUAGGACGCAGCUUUUCGCUCUGAACCCACAAAGCGGCAGCUUGGUCACCGCGGACAGGAUAGACCGGGAGGAGCUCUGCGCUCAGACUGCACCGUGUCUGGUGAGUUUUAACAUCCUUAUUGAGGAUAAACUGAAUCUUUAUCCCGUUGAAGUGGAAAUAGUGGACAUUAAUGACAAUACACCACGAUUCUUCAGGGAAGAAUUGGAAGUGAAAAUUCUGGAAAAUGCAGUCCCAUCCUCUCGUUUUCCACUAAUGGAGGUCUAUGACCUGGAUGUGGGAAUGAACUCUCUUCAGGGCUUCAAACUCAGCGGGAAUAGUCACUUCUCAGUGGAUGUGUGGGGCGAAGCUAAUAGGCCCAAAUACCCGGAGCUGGUGCUGGAGCGAGCCCUGGAUCGGGAGGGAGAGGCCAUUUACCACCUGGUCCUUACUGCUAUGGAUGGCGGUGACCCCAUCCGCUCAGGCACUGCACAAAUUCUGGUAGUUGUCCUAGAUGUGAAUGACAAUGCUCCAGUGUUUACUCAGCCUGUCUACCAUGUGAAUGUUCCUGAAAAUCUGCCAGUAGGUACACCAGUAUUGUCGGUAAAUGCUACUGACCAGGAUGAAGGAGUCCAUGCAGAAGUAACGUAUUCCUUCCUGAGGGUAACAGAAAAGAUCUCAAAGAUUUUCUGCUUAAAUGUUUCCACGGGAGAAAUAUCAACUUCUGCAAAUCUAGACUAUGAGGACUCAAGCUUUUAUGAGCUGGAUGUUGAAGCCAGGGAUCGGCCAGGUCUACUAGACAGAGCAAAAGUCUUAAUAACUAUUUUGGAUGUAAAUGAUAAUGUACCAGAAGUGGUAGUUACAUCUGGAAGUAGAUCAGUUGCUGAAAGUACACCUCCAGGAACAGUAAUUGCUCUUUUUCAAGUGUAUGAUCGAGACUCUGGACUGAAUGGCCUGGUAACAUGUUCCAUCUCAAGAAGUCUGCCAUUUGAACUGGAAAAGUCAGUAGACAAUUAUUAUCAAUUAGUGACCAAUACAGUACUAGAUCGAGAACAGGUAUCCUUGUACAACAUCACUAUAACAGCUACAGACAAAGGAAUUCCACCUUUGUCUACAGAAACGCUUAUCUACCUAAAUGUGGCAGAUAUCAAUGACAACCCACCCGCCUUCCCCCAGUCCUCCUAUUCUGUCUACAUCCCUGAAAAC